GGCUGCUCAACAAUUAAUUUAUUGAGAAAAGUAAAAAACACUAUGAAAAUAAUCAGUUUUGCCAUUAAGAAUUUUCAUCAACAGAUAUUAACUAUUAGGUGAAAGACUGCUAGAGAACAGAAUAUCCAUAUACUCUCAAAGAGGCUCCCCCUGGAUUAUUUGUUGAUUACAGAGCGAUAAAGGUACUUUUAUGAUGCAGAAACCUAGUAGACACUCCUUAACCAAAUGACCAAAUUUAAUAUUACCAAUGAUGGAACAAAGUGAUGUCAUGUGCCUCCCAUUGUGAUGCACCAGGAAUAACAUCACAUGUAGUAUUCUUGCCAAAAAAUGUUUACCCUAAAUCUGAUAAUGAGAAAACAGACAAGUCCAAAUUAAGGACACUCUGAAAAACCAGACUUGUACUCCUCAAAAAUGUCAGUGUCAUGAAAGACAAAACAUGCUGGGGAACUCUGAGAUUAAGCUAAAAGAGAUGAUAACUCAAUGUGAAUCUUGACUGGAUUCUGGAUCUUCCUCCUCCAACAAGCCAUAAAAUUAUAAAACUUAAAUAUGUACUGCAUAUUAGAUAAUAGUACUGUACUAAAUAUUAAGUAUCUUGAGUGACUACACUGUAUACUGUAAGUAGGAGAAUGUCUUUCUUAAGAGCCAGAUGCUGAAUUUCGGGGUGAAAUGUCACUGUGUCUGCAACACUCAGGCAAACUGUGUCAGGACUAAAAUUCUGUCCCUGGUUGAAGAAUUUCCUAUCAAGCUCUGAGAGUCAACACUGUCCACAGACUGGACAGAACUGGCAGUUUCCCUUUGUAUAGUUGUAGAGAAGCAGGCAGCUGGACACUCAGCUCCCUGGCCUGGCAUGUGGAACUCUGAGAGUCUUAAGGUGGCCGCAGCACGAUGGAGAGCAAAGGACAAGGGCACACUCACACACGCAUGCAUGUGCGUGCCCACACCGAACACAUUUUAUGGCAGUCAAGCGAAAGCGCAAGGGCAAGGCCACACUUGCCACCUGCAAAGACACGCACGACAGCUGCCGGUGCUGACCGGUGCACUUUAUGGCAGUAACACAAAGGCAAAAGUGCGAGGCCACUGGCUGCCUGGUGCCCUUGACAGCAGUCGCGGGAAGGCGCGAAGCCACGGACAGACUCUGUAUCAGUACAGGCUCUGAGCCCCACGUCACUGUGGGCAGACCGUUCAUUUGUUCGUUGAUGCUCGACGAUCAUGGCGGUGGUGGUGGCCCUGUGGUGAAGGGCUAGGGACUAUAUGAAGAGCAAGGAGCUCCUGGAACAUCUGACCAGCCUGCACUUCUGGGCCUGGGGCCUACCACUGGCCGCCUUUAAGGACAUGAACGCACAGCCGGACAUCACCAGCGGCCGUAUGACGACGGCGCUCAUAUACUCGAUGGCCUUCUUGUGCUUCGCUUACCGUGUACAGCCUCGAAAUUUACUGAUGGCGUGUCACGGCACCAACGUGGUGGCACAAAGUGUGGAGGCAGGCCACUACCUCAUUUACCACUAUGGUGGUGGCGCUGGGCCAGCCACCGCCCCCACUGCUCCUACCACCGACACUGCUGCUGCCACCACUGAGAUUUCUGCAACCGCCAGUGACCCUACUGCUGCCAGCCCCUGCUAGGCGCCUGUCGGCCCCAGUCCGCAGCCCCUGAAAAAUACUGAGAGGGCCAGGUCGAAUCUCUGCAGCUUGCAAGCAUGGAACUAUUAUUCCUUGGAAGACAAGACCUAUGAAAAGUCCGGUUUGGACUCUACAACAAAUCUGAUUUAAACUUGCAGUUUGGUUAAUUAAAAAAAUAGCACCACAGAACUGAAGUUGUUCAGUGUUGUUUAUUUUGUGAGCUGCAAAAAUGUUUUUUAGAAGGUGAUUGUAGAUUGGCUGAUCUUCCCCUUCACAUGACCUGCAACUUGCGGGUUAGUGUAUAUAGGGAAGACUGAGUGACACUUCAAAUUAUUUAACUCCCCUUUUUUCUUAAAGCUGUCUUGGGAACAUUUUAUUACUUGUUUUGGGUAUCUGGGCCAAGUGAGGGUGCUUAGCAGCACGUGACUUUUAAAACUUGGUAUAGCCAUAAAUCCCUCUACACCAAAAAAA